AUUAAUCUUUUAAUUAGAAUGAGCCAUGUGCAUGACACCACCAUAUCCCUAAAGCUGUACUACAAUCAUGGCAGCAACAGAUUUCCUGUCAAGAAGAAGAUGGUUGUUGUUUCUUGUUUAAGCCCGAAUCCCGAAAACCGGGCCCUUUCUUUUCUGCCGAUUUCAGCAUCAGCUGUUGGCUCCAAUGAGCUGAGGCCCGGAGAAGACGGAAAGAGCAGCGGCGACACCAUCGUCAGAACAUUCGAUUUCAAGGCUUAUAUGAUUAGGAAGGUGGCGAGUGUCAACAAAGCACUGAAAGCCGCGGUGGAAGUGCUGGAACCCAUAAAGAUUCACGAGUCGAUGAGGUAUUCCCUGUUUGCUGGUGGGAAGCGAGUCGCGCCGAUUCUGUGCAUCGCUUCGUGCGAGCUCUUUGGCGGACAAGAAUCCGCAGCCAUGCCGGCAGCAUGUGCUUUGGAGAUGAUACACACCAUGUCCCUUAUGCACGAUGACUUGCCGUCCAUUGACAACGAUCCGUUGAGGCGAGGAAAGGCAGCGAACCACAUUGUAUUCGGCGAGCAUGUGACAGUUUUGGCCGGCUAUGCGCUUCUGGCCUUGGCCUUCGAGCACAUAGCCACUGCCACACAAGGUGUGGCGCUGGACUGCAUUUUGUGUGCUGUCGGCGAGCUAGCCAAGUCCGCCGGGGUAGAGGGGGUAGUGGCCGGACAAGCGGCGGACAUAUGCUCGGAGGGGCUACCGGAAGUCGGGAUGGAACAUUUGGAGUUCAUUCACGUCCACAAGAGGGCGGCUCUGCUGGAGGCCUCGGCGGUGGUGGGAGCUGUUUUCGGCGGCGGGGACGAGGGAGAAAUCGAGCAGCUGAGAAAGUUCGCAAGGGGCAUCGGGCUUCUGUACCAAGUGGUGGACGACAUUCUUGACGUGACCAAGUCUUCGGAGCAGCUGGGGAAGACUGCCGGAAAGGACUUGACGGCCGAUAAAACCACUUACCCGAAGCUUAUGGGGAUCGAGAAAUCGCGGGAGUUCGCAGAGGAGCUGCGGCGGGGAGCUCUCGAGCAGUUGGAGCGGUUCGACACUGUCAAGAAAGCUCCGUUGGUUGCUCUCGUAAACUACAUUGCUUACAGAGAAAAUUGAUUUUCUCUUUUUCUAUGUAUUUAGCGUUCAGACAGGAUCUCCCAAAGCAUAGUUAACUCAAAGUAAUUACAAUUCUCUGUUAACGAAAUAACGAAAAAAACCAAAACAAUAAAUAAGACAGGUAUUGUUAAUCCAAUUCGGUCAUAAAUC